GCAACAACCACUUCGCUCAUUUGCCUUUGCCGCUAAAUACACAUUUUCUUGCCUGUAUCUGUCUCUCUGCUUCGUCUGCGCUGUCCUGAUCCUUUAUCGCGCCUGUUUCCUGUUAUUUAUACGCGCAUCGAUUGCAUUACAUACUCAGUACUAGUACUACUUCGCUUCUCGUCAUGUCCGGAACACACACGCCCGCUUCGGACGACUCAAACGGCUCCCGCACGCGUCUGACACGCACUGUCGCCAUAAUCAAGAACCAUGCACUCAAGCACAGAAUGGACAUCGAAGAACGCAUACAGAAGGCUGACUUCGAGAUCGUGAAAGAACGGCAAAUGGAGUUCGACCAGAACUCCGACCAAGAAUUCCUCCGUGAACUCUUCGGCAUUGACACGCCUUCGCUCUUUGAGGGCCCCGUCUGGGUUUAUGUGCUCGAGCGUCGUCGCGCCGUCGAGGUUUUCAAAGCACUCAUGGGCGAAGAGGACCCAGUACGCGCGCGCGAAGCCAGCCCCAACUCUCUGCGAGCUCUGUUCGGCGAAGAAGACCCUGCGCAGAAUGCUGUUGCGGGCUCACCUGAUGCCGAGACCGCAGAAGUUCAGAUUCAAUGCUUGUUCCAGUCAAGUCCCCCGUUUUCGACCCAGGAUCCCGACGAACUAGAAGGCGUCAAUAACAUCCAGCAUGAAUUGGGCAGCGGUCCAGCUACGGAGAAUGGUACCACUGCAAGCGACGAUUGGCAGACCCGCGAACAUAUGCUCUCUCCGACGUCCUCUCAGAUCUCGCAGUCUGCGAACUUGUCAGGAUCGAACGGAAUCCGAAGGCCGACGCUGACAUCCUCUGUCUCCGGUGCAUCAUCCGGCAGAGGCUCUCUAGACGGCAAAGUACCAUUCAGGGCUCGCCCUCUCCCGAAGACGCACGACGCACCAGAUAUCGCUCCACGUACCACACGAGCUGCAGCACUUCGUGCUGGCGAGGUUCUCUCAACAAGCCGCUAUGACCGUCCACGCGUGGCGCCCACAAAGGAGGAACUAAAACAAGCCUUCAUGGACGUUCCAGGUCACAAACGUUCAACUACAAUCCAAGUCGCUUCGACCGCUCCACCGGUCAUCGCACCCCGGAUGACAAAGGCAGCUGCGCUUAGGCUGGGGGGAGGGAAGGCCGCUCCACCACUGUCUUCUAGCCAAAAAUUACGCUCUUCGAACGCUAAUACAUUUGAGGGUGUACCGGGACAUAAGCGUCGUGAGACGAUUCAGGUUGCAAGUGUCCAGGCACCGACUGUCUCUCCUCGAUUGAACAAGAGUGCGGAACUUCGUGCGAAGAAAGAUUCCGCGCCUCCAACGUCAUUCAUGUUCAAGGGACCAAGUACGCCAAAGGCGCCUGGUAGCCUGUCUCGUACCAACUCUCAAACAACCUUGACAAACUCCCGUCCCGGCUCAGCUCUAUCACGCUCGUCUUCAUCACUUGCGAAUCGUUCACAGGCUUCCACUGCUGGUGGACGAAAUUACGCUUCACUCGGACGCUCCACUUCUCAGAAGCCUUCCGCUGGUUCAGCUGUGGCAAAUGGGAAGAAUGAGAACAAAGAAGAAUCCCCUGUACGUUCUCCACCUCCACGCCCACCGUCCAUCGAACCACGUACCAACCGCAGUGCACUUCUCCGAGCUAAAGUGAAAGGACCGACUCCACCUGUGAAAACCGUGCCAGUUGUUAAUCGUCGUGCAUCUAUGAUCGUCUGAUUUUGAUUUUAUAUUCCUGGCCUUCUUUUAUACCCCCACACUUACAUGAGAUAUCUAGCUAAAUAUCUAAGUCUUCGGGUUUCUGAUUGUCGUUAUAUGUUUUUUCUUUCUCUAGCUGGGUCUUAUUUUCGUUUUCUCUCUUUUAUAUAUUCUGACCAACUCACUGACCGUCCUAUCCCUCCUCCUUCUUUUACCCUCCCUUGUCGUCGCGGGUCGUCUCGUAUAUUACUUGAUCUACAUACGUGUCUUCCCGUUCUUGAAUAUGCCUUGUCGUCGUCGUCGUAUAACCACUUAAGUAACUCCUGUAUCUAGCUAACUAACUUAUCCCCGCUUGUAGGUCUAACCAUAGGCAGACCUCUCGGCUUUUGGCUUGGGGAGCUAC